AUGGACUCGCUGUGGCGGCUGAAGCGGUUCGGCUUCCCCAAGACCCUGGAAGACUUUCGGGUCAAGACGUGCGGGGGCGCGCUGGUGACGGUUGUCAGCGGGCUCAUCAUGGUGCUGCUUUUCUUCUCGGAGCUGCAGUACUACCUCACCAAGGAGGUUCAUCCGGAAUUGUACGUUGACAAAUCAAGGGGAGAUAAACUGAAGAUCAACCUAGAUGUCAUUUUUCCACAUAUGCCUUGUGCUUAUUUGAGCAUCGAUGCCAUGGACGUAGCAGGAGAGCAGCAGCUGGAUGUGGAGCACAAUCUGUUUAAACAACGUUUGGAUAAAGCCGGCAAUCGUGUGACUCCAGAGGCCGAGAGACACGAGCUGGGGAAAGAAGAAGAAAAAGCGUUUGAUCCAAAUUCUUUGGAUGCCGAUCGCUGCGAGAGCUGUUACGGGGCGGAGUCAGAGGACAUUAGGUGUUGUAAUACUUGUGACGAUGCCAGAGAAGCAUACAGGCGGCGAGGCUGGGCCUUCAAGAACCCGGAUAGCAUAGAGCAGUGCAAGAGGGAAGGGUUUAGCCAGAAAAUGCAAGAGCAGAAGAACGAGGGCUGCCAAGUGUAUGGUUUCCUAGAGGUCAACAAGGUAGCUGGAAAUUUCCACUUUGCCCCAGGCAAAAGUUUCCAACAGUCUCAUGUACACGGUGGUAAGGACUGACCAGUUUUCAGUCACACGACAUGAGAAGAGAGCCGACGGGCUACUGGGAGACCAGGGUCUGCCUGGUGUCUUUGUGCUAUGGGAACUUUCGCCCAUGAUGGUGAAGCUGGCAGAGAAACACGGGCACUGAAGAUGUCAAGAAGAUGUUGGAAGACUGAUGGCGGAUUGGAUGAGGGCCCGGGAGGAGCUGGAGUUGAAGGAGAGUGAAUGGCGCAAUGAACGUGAAGCAAUUCCUAGAGUUUUAUGCCUUAUGGAACCUGCUACGUACAUUGGAAUUCCACCACCAAGGUCUGUCAACAUAAAGCCAAUCCAGAUAAAAAGCGGGACCCUAAUCUGCUAAGCAUCUAGAGCAGGCUAGAUGUUGAAACUCAGGCAGCCAGCUCCGGCAGGGGAAUGCGCAGUGCUGAAUCGGAAGCCAGCGGUGCCCACGGAAAGCCGGGCGUCAAGGGGACUUCACGGCAAACAAUAUGCGUAGGCAAGGGAACACCACCAGUGGAGAGAGGGACAGAGCUGACCUUCUCUCUGAAAUAAUGGGGACACCUUUGUGAAACGGGGCUUGGAAGCCUGAAAAACCCUCCCACGCUCUGGCAGGUAACCCAGAGGUAGGAGUGGGAGAAGUGGCCAUCUGCUGCUGAGAGCAUCUCCCAGGAAGUGGGCGAUCCAGGUCCAGUUCCGCUCUUUCCCAGACCCAGAGGAGUGCCCCAGCCAGCCAGCUGAGGACUAGUCUUUGGGCAGAGCACCUUCCUUUUCCUGCUGAACUGCUGAAGUAGGUCCACGGCGCAGACAGACACGGCAGUCACGAGGGGAAGGGGUUCAAUCAGUUAGCUGUAGCAACAGAACUUCCGACGCUGAGGCUUCCUGCUGGAAACACCCUUAAGACACAGCUCGAUGGCUUCAGCAGUAUUCUCGGCUCCCUUGCCAGAGCUGAGCCUCAUGUGCUUGACUCACCUGAAUCUUACCGGCAUUUUGCCCUGACCACCUGCGAAGAUUCCCGUCUGUCCUGGUUUUGGCUGGGACAGAAUUAAUUUUCUUCUUAGUAGCCGCUACAGUGCUGUGUUUUGGAUUUAGUGUGAGAAUGAUGUUGAUAACACUCCGAUGUUUUAGUUGUUGCUAAGUAGCGCUUGUCUUCAGCCAAGGACUUUCCAGUUUCCCGUGCUCUGCCAGUAAGCAGGUGUGCAAGAAGCUGGGAGGCAGCAGAGCCGGGGCAGCUGACUUGAACUAGCCAAAGGGGUAUUCCAUACCAUGGAACGUCAUGCCCAGUAUAUAAACAGGGGGGAGUUGGCCGAGCGGCGCGGAUCGCGGCUCGGGAACUAACUGGGCAUCGGUCAACGAGUGGUGAGCAAUUGCAUU